AUCAAACCUUUUGAAACCUGCUUUGGCAAGAGGAAAAUUAGCCAUGUGUGGGGCAACCACAACCGACGAGUACCGUAAAUACGUUGAAAAAGAUGCUGCUUUAGCUAGGCGGUUCUCACCGGUAAUGAUCAAUGAACCUAGUGUAGAAGACACCAUUUCGAUUUUACGUGGAUUGAAGGAGAGAUACGAAGUGCAUCACGGGGUCCGUAUUGCUGACGCUGCGUUAGUCACCGCUGCUUUAUAUUCCAACAGAUAUAUUACUGAUAGGUUCCUUCCCGACAAGGCAAUUGAUUUGGUUGAUGAAGCCUGUUCAACAUUGCGACUCCAACAUGAAUCAAGACCAGACGCAAUUGCGUCUCUUGAUCGUCAAAUCAUGACUAUUGAAAUUGAACUUGAAUCACUUAGGAAGGAAGAGGAUCAAUUAUCAGUGGAUAGGAGAAAGAAACUUGAAGCUGAUCUCACCAUGAAACGUGAUGAACUGAAGAAAUUGACUGAUCAAUGGGAAUCUGAAAAGCGAGUCAUUGAUGAAAUCAAAGAUGCCAAAUCUCGCUUGGAACAAGCCAAGUAUGAAUUAGAACAAUCUCAGCGUGAAGGAAACUACGGCCGUGCUUCGGAGUUACAAUACGCAACCAUCCCUGAACUUCAAUCGAAACUUAUCGAAUUGACCGAGAGUGAAAAGGCAACUCAAGCACAGGCCUUGAUCCACGACUCGGUGACAAGUGAAGAUAUAGCUGCUGUUGUUUCAAAAAUGACUGGUAUCCCACUUAACAACUUAAUGAAGGGUGAAAAAGACAAGCUUUUGGAUAUGGAAAUAAUCUUGAAACAGAAAGUGGUGGGUCAAGACGAAGCUAUCCAUUCCGUGGCUGAUGCAGUCAGACUUCAACGAGCCGGAUUGACUAGUGACAGACGUCCAAUUGCAUCAUUCAUGUUUAUGGGACCCACAGGUACUGGUAAGACUGAACUCACCAAAGCUCUUGCCGAGUUCUUGUUCAAUGAUAAGUCAUCAGUUAUUCGGUUCGAUAUGUCGGAGUUCCAAGAACGACACACGGUAUCGCGAUUAAUCGGAUCACCACCAGGGUAUGUUGGAUAUGAAGACAGCGGAGAAUUAACUGAGGCUGUUCGUCGUAAACCCUACUCAGUGGUUCUUUUCGAUGAAUUUGAAAAAGCCCAUGCUGAUGUAUCCAAAUUGCUUCUUCAGGUGCUUGAUGAAGGUAAACUCACAGACUCGCAUGGAAAGCAUGUCGAUUUCAGAAACACCAUUAUUGUAAUGACAUCAAAUAUUGGCCAAGAGAUCCUUUUGAACGAUCCAAAUACAUACGAAGAUGGCCAUAUCAACCCCGAUACCAAGAAACUCGUUCUUGAAACUUUGAAACAUCACUACGCACCAGAAUUCUUGAAUCGUUUGGACGAUGUGCUAGUUUUCAACAGAUUAUCUAAAGCUGCGCUCAAGGACAUUUUGGAUAUUAGAUUGAGAGAAAUCAGUGAUAGGUUAAUUGACAAGAGAAUUAUACUUGAAUUGAGUCAGGAAGCCAAGGACUUGUUGUGUGAUUUAGGAUAUGAACCAACAUAUGGUGCCAGACCUUUGAAUAGAGUGCUACAAAAGAAGCUAUUAAAUCCAUUGGCUAUGCUUAUGAUUAAAGGACAAAUAAGAGAAAGGGAAACAGUUCAUGUAGUGGCAAAAGAUCGUGAGAUUAUUGUUCUGCCAAACCACACUGAAGAAGCGGCAGAAAGAGAAAUUGAAGAAUCAAACGAAUAAUUGUAUAUAGUCAACUAUUAUAUUUUUGUAUAUAAAUGUAUAAACAUAACUUCUAACAACGUUUUAUAAAACUCUUCCGACUACUGCACCACUAGCUUCUUUGGUUUCAACUCUACGUAAGGACUUACCUCCGGUAAUUUGACCCAAUAACGCGGAAAUGUUUGGCGCACCACCUGCUGCAGCUGCGUCACCAGCAGCAGGAGGAGGUGGAGGUGGCGGUGGAGGGGGAGCAGCUGGAGCAUUGAAUCCAUUUGGAAUUGGUGGUGGGGGUGGAGCAAACAGCGCCGGUGGAGGAGGCGGAGGUGGAGGUGGAAUUCCAUCCAAAGUUGGAGGAGGAGGAGGAGGAGGUGGUGGAGGUGCAUCAAAAGCUGGAGGAGGAGGGGGUGGAGGAGGAGGAGGAAUAUCAGCCACAGAAGGAGGGGCUGGUACAUCAACAGCCACUGGUGGUGGUGGUGGAGCACUGAAGACUGGUGGAGGUGGAGGUGGUGGUGUAGCAGUAGGAGUUCCAAAUUGAGAUGAACCAGCAGAUACAUUAUCUUCUGGUGGUCUGAGUAUUUGUGGUUCUUCCUUCUUGAUUGCUUCUGGUGAAGGCAAUUUAGAACCUGAAUCUGAUUUACCAAGGUUUGAGUCAGAUCUUGAUGGUUGAGACAUACCACCAAACAAAAGACUAGCCAAUUGGGCUGCACCAGCUCUAUUUGGAGACUCAUCCUCACUGGCAGCUUCAUCUUCAGAAUCGCUCCAUCCAUCAUUGUUGGAAAUGCCUCGUUGGGAAGCACGUUGGGCGGCAGCCUUUUUAGUGUCUACCACUACUUCCUUGUUGGCAGGCUUAAAAAAUGGAUUGGUCUUGGCUUCUUCUGCACCACCUGCCAUCUUCUUGGCAAAUGGAUUACUUUCAUGUGGUUGGUGAGCAACUGGUGCAGCUUCAACUGGUUUAACCGGUUCAGCUGGUUCCACCUUGCCAGGUUUGGGUUCUUCUUUUGGUUUAGAAACAUAGGUUGGAACAGAGGUAACGUUUUCGUUUUCAUCCUCGUCACUAUCUUCAGCCUCUCUUUUCUUCAUCUCUUCCAUUUCCCUCUUGAGCUUGGCCAAUCUUUCUUCCUUU